UCCGACCGGAAUCUAACGCUCGCAACGACGCCCUCGGUUGUGAAUACCUGCCAUUCGAUCGGCUUACUAUUAUAAUAUCGAUACACUUAUAUACGGGACGUACUUAGAAAUGCCCUGGUAUUUUAUGGAACGACAACCUGAAGCGGCGAGGAAAGAGUAUCCGGGAGCAUCAACACCGAUGGCGGGUACCUCAGACGCAAUAAUGGGGUCUAUGCCCGAAUUCAAUGCUUCGAAGCGAUAUAUUCUGAUUACAGGAGCCGGCGGGUUUAUUGGCCAGGAACUUACUAUCGCUUUGCUAUCUGCUGCACCUGAUAUCGAGCUCGUGCUGGCCGAUGUGUUUAAACCUCCACUCCCACUUUCAAAAAACAACACCACAAAUACAGAGACGGACACCUCCCGCGUCCACUGCAUCGAAGCCGACCUAACUAGACCCCCCAUCGUUGCCACCCUUCUCAACAGCAAAAAAUGGCAUGCCUGCUACCUCCUCCACGGCAUAAUGUCCAGUGGCUCCGAAACAAACCUCGAAUUCGGACUUGCAGUCAACAUCGACUCUCACCGUUUAAUCCUCGACUUUCUCCGCCGACACCAACCCGGCGUCAUUGUUGUAUUCCCUUCAUCACUUGCAGUUUACGGCCCGCCGGAAGGGACUGAGGUUGUUUCGGAACGAACGAUUGCGUUACCGCAGUCAAGCUAUGGAGCCGAGAAAUUGGUGAUUGAGACGCUCGUGAAUGAUUAUUCGCGCAGAGGGUUGAUUGAUGGGAGGGUGGUGCGGUUGCCAACGGUGAUUGUGAGACCGGGGAGGCCGUCAGCGGCAGCGUCGAGUUUUGCUUCCAGUAUAGUGCGUGAGCCACUACGCGGCGAGAAGAGCCUGCUUCCUGUAAGUCGGAGCCUGGAGAUGUGGGUUUGUUCGCCGGAAACCGUGGUUAGGAAUUUAGUGGCUGUGAAAGAUGUGCCGAAAGACAGGUUUGGGAGAAAUAAGGGUCGGGUUGUGAAUUUACCGGGACAGACAGUGAAAGUGGGGGAGAUUUUGGAGGCGCUAGAAGAGGUUGGGGGAAAGGAGGCGGUGGGGUUGGUGGAGGAGAAGGUGGAUCCGAGGGUGGAGGAUAUUGUUGCGAGCUGGCCAUCUAGGUUUGAUGUCUCUGUGGCAAAGGGGUUGGGGAUGGUGGAGGAUGUUAGUUUGACAGAAGUGCUUUAUUGGGCGUGCCAAAAGUCUGAUGAUUGUUGGCCUAAAAUGAUGCACGGCAUGUUGAAAACGACGAUAAUUUUAGAUAGAUCCACACGGUAUACAUCGAUGCCCUCUAAGCCGCCCAAGCAGAAUCCUCUCCUUCUAAACCCUCCUAUUUAUCUAUGCCUUCUCAUUUUACUCCUUUUCAGAGACGUGUGGAGCGGGCACCGUGUUCAAUCCAUUCUGAAUAUCGCCUCUAGAAUUAGCGACUCCUUCACGCCAUGA